AAUAUCAUUAAUUCCCACUCUAAACUCGCUAUAAAAAUUAUUAUCCCAUUUUCUCUUUCCUAAAACUACAAUGCUGAGCCAAGAGUGCAGAAACCCUAGCCCUAAUUUCUCCAACCCAACAUCUUCUACUGUUUCGGUUAACUCAAACAAUCAAUCAGAUUUUGUAAAAGGGUCGGCGAAGGCGUAUCUGCAUCUCCUGUGCACUGCGAAACACUGGAAACAACCCCUCUUUGAAUGCUGCAAUGAGGAAGGUCCUCCUCACAUCAAACUGUUCACCUUCAAGGUCAGUAUUCUGUCUGAAGUAGGGUUUGUGAUCCUUGAGAGUUAUAGCCAUGCUCGGUCGACCAAGAAAGCCGCGGCAGAGGAUGCAGCCGAGGGGGCGCUCUGGUGCUUGAAACAUAUGACCAUCUGAUGAAGCAAUGAAUGUAUGAUUGUGGGAUCCAAAUCUUGAAAAUUAACUAUUAUGGUUUAGUUAGAAAUCCUAUGCAUUAACUGUAGUGUUUGAUUGUAGGAUCCCAAAAACUUGAAUAAUGAGCACAUGUUCUUUGGAUCAUGUCUGAAACUGAGGUCUUUUUUAAGGAAAUUAGAUUUGGGAUUGAGCAGAUUUUCAUGCUAA